ACUAAAAAAUAUUAUUCUAGAGUCAAGCCGAAAUGUGAGGAUGAAUUUAUAAAAAGCAACGUUAUAGAACAAGAAUGUAACUAUAAUAAUUCUUAUCCAGUUUGUCGAACAAUGAAGUCUUUUUUCUCGAACGGCAAAGUUCGAGUGAUUAUACGCGAUUGUAAUAGAAGAAUUAUGUACAACAAUGACUUUGCCGCACAGUAUAUGAAUUCAACUGGAGAAGCCUAUGUCGUGAAAACGAUUAUUUCCUACUGUGACACCGAUUUUUGCAACAGCGCAAAAUCAAUUUAUUCUGGCCAUAAAGUAGUGUUUCUUAUAAUUAUUUCAUUUUUAUGUAUAUUCAAAAGUUUGCAUUAA